AUGUACACUGGACUUCCUUGGGGAGAAGAUGAUCUCCAGGAUCCUGCUGCUCAUCAACCUGACCUGCUGUGCCUGUGCAGCUGGAACAGUGAUUGGAUCGGCUACAACAGCAGCUGGAACAGUGAUUGGAUCGGCUACAGCAGCAGCUGGAACAGUGAUUGGAUCGGCUACAGCAGCAGCUGGAACAGUGAUUGGAUCGGCUCCAGCAGCAGCUGGAACAGUGAUUGGAUCAGCUACAGCAGCAAAUGGAACAGUGACUGGAUCGGCUACAGCAGCAGCUGGAACAGUGAUUGGAUCGGCUCCAGCAGCAGCUGGAACAGUGACUGGAUCGGCUACAGCAGCAGCUGGAACAGUGACUGGAUCGGCUACAGCAGCAGCUGGAACAGUGAUUGGAUCGGCUCCAGCAGCAGCUGGAACAGUGACUGGAUCGGCUCCAGCAGCAGCUGGAACAGUGAUUGGAUCGGCUACAACAGCAGCUGGAGCAGUGAUUGGAUCGGCUACAACGGCAGCUGGAGCAGUGAUUGGAUCGGCUACAACAGCAGCUGGAACAGUGAUUGGAUCGGCUACAACAGCAGCUGGAACAGUGACUGGAUCGGCUACAGCAGCAGCUGGAACAGUGAUUGGAUCGGCUCCAGCAGCAGAUGGAACAGUGACUGGAUCGGCUACAACAGCAGCUGGAACAGUGAUUGGAUCGGCUACAACAGCAGCUGGAACAGUGAAUGGAUCGGCUACAACAGCAGCUGGAACAGUGACUGGAUCGGCUACAACAGCAGCUGGAACAGUGAUUGGAUCGGCUACAACAGCAGCUGGAACAGUGAAUGGAUCGGCUCCAGCAGCAGCUGGAACAGUGACUGGAUCGGCUCCAGCAGCAGCUGGAACAGUGACUGGAUCGGCUACAGCAGCAGCUGGAACAGUGAUUGGAUCGGCUACAGCAGCAGCUGGAACAGUGAUUGGAUCGGCUACAACAGCAGCUGGAACAGUGACUGGAUCGGCUACAACAGCAGCUGGAACAGUGAUUGGAUCGGCUACAGCAGCAGCUGGAACAGUGAUUGGAUCGGCUACAGCAGCAGCUGGAACAGUGAUUGGAUCGGCUCCAGCAGCAGCUGGAACAGUGACUGGAUCGGCUACAACAGCAGCUGGAACAGUGAUUGGAUCGGCUACAACAGCAGCAAAUGGAACAGUGACUGGAUCGGCUACAACAGCAGCUGGAACAGUGAUUGGAUCGGCUACAACAGCAGCUGGAACAGUGAUUGGAUCGGCUACAACAGCAGCUGGAACAGUGAAUGGAUCGGCUACAACAGCAGCUGGAACAGUGAUUGGAUCGGCUACAACAGCAGCUGGAACAGUGAUUGGAUCGGCUACAACAGCAGCUGGAACAGUGACUGGAUCGGCUACAACAGCAGCUGGAACCGUGAUUGGAUCGGCUACAACAGCAGCUGGAACAGUGAAUGGAUCGGCUACAGCAGCAGCUGGAACAGUGAUUGGAUCGGCUCCAGCAGCAGCUGGAACAGUGACUGGAUCGGCUCCAGCAGCAGCUGGAACAGUGACUGGAUCGGCUACAGUAGCAGCUGGAACAGUGAUUGGAUCGGCUCCAGCAGCAGCUGGAACAGUGACUGGAUCAGCUACAACAGCAGCUGGAACAGUGAUUGGAUCGGCUACAGCAGCAGCUGGAACAGUGAUUGGAUCGGCUACAGCAGCAGCUGGAACAGUGAUUGGAUCGGCUCCAGCAGCAGCUGGAACAGUGACUGGAUCGGCUCCAGCAGCAGCUGGAACAGUGAUUGGAUCCGCUACAACAGCAGCUGGAACAGUGACUGGAUCGGCUACAACAGCAGCUGGAACAGUGAUUGGAUCGGCUCCAGGAGCAGAUGGAACAGUGACUGGAUCGGCUACAACAGCAGCUGGAACAGUGAUUGGAUCGGCUACAACAGCAGCUGGAACAGUGAAUGGAUCGGCUACAACAGCAGCUGGAACAGUUACUGGAUCGGCUCCAGCAGCAGCUGGAACAGGGAUUGGAUCAGCUACAACAGCAGCUGGAACAGUGAUUGGAUCAGCUACAACAGCAGCUGGAACAGUGAUUGGAUCGGCUACAACAGCAGCUGGAACAGUGACUGGAUCGGCUCCAGCAGCAGCUGGAACAGGGAUUGGAUCGGCUCCAACAGUGGCUAGAACAGUGACUGGACGGGCUGCGACAGUGGCUAGAACAGUGACUGGACGGGCUGCAACAGUGGCUAGAACAGUGACUGGACGGGCUGCAACAGUGGCUAGAACAGUGACUGGACGGGCUGCAACAGUGGCUAGACCAGUGAC